AUGCAAGCGAUUCGAGGUCCAGUGACGUUUACAUCUCACAAAAGGUGGCCUAGGGAGUGCUAUGACUAUCGCGAUUGCGCGGCGUUCUUUGCGGACUUCUUGUGCUAUGAAGAGCUAGAACCGCCGAACGAAUACCCACCUGUUCUGCCUUCGCCGGCAUCUGUAAUCUCCUGGCGCAAAGGCGACAGCUUCGACUUCGCGGUCUUGCUUUGCUCAGUCCUCAUUGGGCAAGGCUACGACGCCUACUGCGUCUCCGGUUGUGCGCCUGAAUUUAUCACGCGGGUGAAUCAAGCAAAUGAGCUGCCGCCAUUUCUGCGGCAAGAAAUGAAAGCGGAAGAAGAUGUGAAACCAUGUGUCGAUCCAGAGUUGCCACAGCCCGACAAUGCUCCCAUGGACGCCUCUCCAGAAGGUGAUAUCCCUCCUGCCGAAGAGAUGCGAGUAGUUCCCACGCACGACAAUGAUGAGGGACUUGACUUUGUCAUUCCGAGGCGCCUACCUCCGGAGUCGGCCUUCCUCAAAAUGCUCGAAGACGAGAAGAAUGAACGCGAAGCUGCAAAGAAGGCAGAGAACGAGCAAAUUUUCACAGAGAGUGACGAUCCGCUUUGCGGAGAAGACCCGUUUGAAGGCCGGCGCGUUCACUGUUGGGUGCUUGUCAAGAAAGGCAAGCGAGGAGUUGAAAACGAUGUGUUUCUUGAGCCUACUACAGGUCGGGAAUAUGCCUUGUCCGAGGCGCCGUACGUAGCUGUCCACUUUGCCUGGAAUAAUGAGAACUUCUGGGUCAAUAUGGUCAGCCGGGUGCCGGUCCGCCAGUUGACAUGGGAUUUGUACAAUACGCGGUUCUUCGAGUACAUUCUUCUGAAGAAAUCGAGGCCGCUGGACGAAGAUGAGGAGUGCUCUGAGUUGUCGAAGCUUUCGAUUGCUUAUCAAACGCGACCACUCAAGGCGCCAGCCCUGCAAGCUCCAUUGAGUUGGGCGGGUCGAUUCACCUUGUCGCGCGAUGACAUCCUCAAGCGGUAUUUCGGACUAACCAAGACCGUUUUCUACAAAAAAAGCAAGGUGGAAUACUUUGCCUUGUAUUCUCAGUACAUCCAGCGAUACGCGUAUCCUGUCGAAGACUUGGGCUUCUCCCAUUGUUGCCGCGAGGAAGUUUUCAUCAAGCUCAUCUUCUACGGUGUCCACACCUUCACCAUGCUCGAUGGGCUGAUUCGCCAUGUAGAGGUGAUCGGAGUCAAAAUGUUUGAAGAGUUUGAAGGUCGCGAAGAUCGUCGCACGUACCAUUCGAUCACUUUAGGAACUGAUGAGGAAGGCUCCCGCGAAAAAAUUCGCAUGAUAACCGGGCUGAUGCCGAUCGUCCGCAUGUCAGAGAAAUUCGCUAGGGAUCCAGAUAAGCAAGCAACGCUAGAGGUCGAUGAGGAGUAUAUGGCUUUCAUCCAAACCUUCAAGCGCCGUUUCCCCACGCAGAAAGAGAUUCACCGGUACUUGACGCGCCAAAAAGAGAUGGUCAUGCGAUUCAGGAAUUUCGUGGUCGACCAAGCGUACCAGAUCCACGUAUGGAGAGGCCAGCAAGAGGCUGCAAUUACCGCGGCUCGUGAGAUGGAAGAAAAGCACUUGCUGGGUCUUAGGGAAGGAUCGCCAAGUGCAUCUCGUCCAAUGUCUCCCGGCAGCGGGGCUGCCAACGGCACAUCGUCUGUUGACGGAGAUCGACAUCCUCGCACCAUACUUCAUCGAAUUCAGGGCGCCGUCCAAUCUCAUAUCUGCCCUGGCGCAGCCCCUGUUGUGGAGGUUUUCUCGUGUCGAGCGCUGCAGGAAGCCCAGCAACGCCGGCUCAAGGACAACAGCCAAGACAUAAGCUACGUCAAUAAAGAGGAAGAAGAGGGGAACAGCAUCGAGGAGCAGCAAAGUGAAAUCGUGUUCAAAAUACGAAUUUUGGAGCAGCGGCUGCAUCGCCACGAAGCGCAGGCGAUUACGAAACUCAAUGAACUCGAGCGCCUUCUUCUUACGGACAGCCGCCUGGCACCGAUGUGGUCAAAGGAUGCGUUCGGCUGA